AUGCUUCUUAGAAAUUUGAUCAAACAAUAAAAAACUAAUCAAUCUUAAAUUCUCAUGAACCUGAUGGGAAAGUAGUUUUCAAGAUAGGUUAAGAUUCCUAAAAGUCAUAAUCUUCUUGGUUAUAUUGAGCAUUAUUAGAAACAUGGGCACACCUAAUCUAAACUUGAUCCUCUAGGAUUGAAAAAUCCUGACAGAUGUGAUACUUUCGAGACAGAUCAUUGGUAGUUAAAUCCACUUGAAAAUAUAUAAACUUAUCCUUUAGAUUACAGAGUGAGCACUCAUUUGUAGGAUAAGGUAGCAACCAUAAGUGAUCUUCACGAGUAUUUAAAUAAUGUCUAUGCUGGCUCAGUGGGAAUCGAAUUCGAUCAUGUUCACAAUUAGGAGGAAAGACUAUGGCUUUAUGAGAAUCACGAGAAAGUUAUGCAUGAAUCAAUAAGCUCUUAAGAAAAGUUUAAGAUACUUUAAUUGCUUACCAGAACUGAGGAGAUGGAGAAGUUUUUAUAGAAAAGAUUUGCCACUCACAAGAGGUACUCUAGUGAAGGAUCUGAAGCGAUCUCCGUAGCGAUAAACGCUAUUAUAGCUGAGGCGAGUCAUGUUGAAAAAGGAGAAAUGGAGUAUGCUGUAUUAGGUAUGCCUCAUAGAGGUAGAUUAGCCACUUUGAUUGUGGCAAAUGACUUCCCAAUGAGGAAUCUAAUUUACAAGGUAAAGGGGAAUAACGAGAUCCCUGAGGAGAUCAAUGAUCGUAUUGAUGAUAUGCCCACUCAUAUUGCAGUCAGUAAUACAAAGAAAUUCUCUCAUGGAGCUGAUAACUCUAAGAACAGAGAUGUCACGCUUACUAUGAUUCAUAAUCCUAGUCAUUUGGAGUCUUAAAAUUCUAUAUCUAUGGGAAAAACUAGAGCCAAGCAAGAUGAUUUUGGAAAUUUAAAAAAGGUAUUGAAUAUUCAAGGUCAUGGAGAUGCUGCAUUUACAGGAUAAGGUGCUGCUUAUGAAGCACUGACCCUGUGUAAGCUACCUAAAUUUUAGUGCAAUGGCACAAUCCAUUUCAUUACAAACAACUAGGUUGGAUUCACAACUGAUAAUGCAGACGGCAGAUCAUUCCCUCAUGCCAGUGAUAUUGUUAAGCCUUUUGGAAUUCCAAUUAUUAGGGUAAAUGCUCACGAUGUUGAAGCAGUAAGUAGAGUAUGCAAGCUCGCUGCUAGGUACUGGCAUUAAUAUGGAAAGGACAUCCUGAUUGAUAUGAUUGGAUAUCGCAAGUAUGGGCAUAAUGAAGUUGAUGAGCCUUCAUUUACUCAACCUAAAAUGUACGAAAAGAUUAGAGAUAUGAAAUCUCUUCCUCACUAAUAUGCAGAAAAGUUGGUUUAAGAAGGUGUUAUUAAGGAGCAAGCAUAUCAGAAAAUGAUUGACUAAAUUAGCAAUCACUAUGAAGAGGAGUUCAAGGAAGCUGAAAAAUUCAAGCCAACUCUUGAAACCACAAAAGACCCUAACUACAAAGGUAGUAGAAGCUUGACUCAUAAAUGGAAAGAUAUGGACUUUUCAUAGAAUGGAAAAGAACCAUAGCACUCUGGCUAUGAGAAAGAUAAAUUGAUAAGAAUUGCAAAAUCAUCAGUUGAGCUACCACCUAAUAUCCAGCCUCAUUCAAGACUAUAAAGAAUGCAUAUUGCAAAUAGACUAAAGAGCAUUGAGGAAAAUAAAUUUGAUUGGGCAACUGCAGAGGCAAUGGCUUAUGGCUCACUAUUGAUUGACGGCUAUAAUGUAAGAUUAACUGGUGAAGAUGUGGAAAGAGGCACCUUUUCUCAAAGGCACGCAGUUUUCCAUUGCUAGCAAGAGCAUGGUGAAUAUACAACUCCCCUAAAAGAAAGUUAAUUCAUGCAAUCCCAUUCAAAGGGCAGAUUCCAAGUUUAUAACUCAAAUCUAAAUGAACUCGGAGUGAUGGGAUAUGAAUACGGAUACUCACUAGAAAGUCCCAAGAAUCUUGUGCAAUGGGAGGCUCAAUUUGGAGAUUUCUAUAACCCAGCUUAGCUUAUUGUUGAUCAGUAUCUUAUGUGCUCAGAGGCUAAAUGGCUCAGACAAAGUGGUUUAAUUUUGCUUUUACCACAUGGAUUUGACGGCUCUGGACCAGAGCAUUCCACUUGCCACAUUGAAAGAUUCCUACAGAAUAUCAACUCUCAAGCUUAUGAUAAUCUAAAUGGCCCUUAUGACAACCUUACUGCUUAAAAUAUAAACUUCCAAUUCGCUCAGAUGACGAUGCCAUCAAAUUACUUCCACUUGCUGAGAAGACAAAUGCUUAGAAAUUACAGAAAACCAAUGGUCAUUGCUGCUCCAAAGAUUGGUCUUAAACAUCCAAAAGCUGUCUCUGGAAUAGAUGAAUUUUUACCAGGCACUAGAUUCCAGCCAACUAUAGUGAAUAAAUUUGGCCAAGGAGAUGUUAAAAAAGUUAUAUUCUGCUCUGGAAAGGUAUACUUUGAUAUUGCUUAGAAACUCGAAACUGAUGCAGCUUAACUUAAGAAUACAUUUGCAGUGAUUAGAGUCGAAGAAUUGGCUCCAUUCCCUAUUAAUGAAAUACAGACUCACUUACAGUCAUUGGGAGUCAAGAGCUCAGCAGAAUAUGUGUGGGUUUAGGAGGAAUGUUUGAACGAGGGUGCUUUCCAAUUCGCUAAGCUUCACAUUGACAGAGCUUUAAGAAAAUUGCAAUUUAAGCAGUCGGAGAUGUACUAUGUAGGUAGACCAUCGCAACAUUCAUUCGCUACAGGCUCACCAGCAGAUUAUAAAAAGGAAUCUCAACAACUAUGGAAGGAUUUUGAAUCAAGAAUAUACAAUUGA